GUCACAGCAGCAGCAGCUCUAAGACCAACAGUAGCAGCAAUCCACUCUCCACGUCGGCUUCACCUUCUCUCUGUAACCGUCUACAUCCCGCAGACAUGGACCUGGAGCUGCAAACGUACACGGCGCACUUGCUUCCCAUCCUCCCCGCGUUUGCGCUCUAGCCGUGCGCUCCCGGCCCGAGGCAGGCACGUCUCGCUGCCGACCAUAAGGAGACUGUUAUUAUUCUGUCGGGUUCGCUGAGACAUCACCGUGUAGGACAGUAGAGACUGAGCACCAGAGAGGACCACACGGUCGUGACAGCAAAAAAAAAAGAAAGAAAGGCCGUUUCAGGAUAUCUUGGCAACUGAGAGCGGCUUUUUGUGUCCUCCAUCAUGGCGAGUGACUCUCCAGCUCGGAGUCUGGACGAAAUCGACCUGUCCGCUUUGAGGGAUCCUGCUGGCAUCUUUGAGCUGGUUGAGCUUGUGGGAAAUGGCACCUAUGGGCAGGUGUACAAGGGUCGCCAUGUUAAGACAGGGCAGCUGGCAGCCAUCAAGGUCAUGGAUGUCACCGGGGAUGAGGAAGAGGAGAUUAAAGCGGAAAUUAACAUGCUGAAGAAGUACAGUCACCACCGGAACAUCGCCACCUAUUACGGAGCUUUCGUCAAGAAAAACCCUCCUGGCAUAGACGACCAGCUAUGGCUGGUCAUGGAGUUCUGUGGAGCCGGCUCAGUGACAGACUUGAUCAAGAACACCAAGGGCAACUCUCUGAAAGAGGAGUGGACCGCUUACAUCUGCCGAGAAAUUCUCAGGGGUCUGACUCAUCUCCAUCAGCACAAGGUCAUCCACAGAGACAUCAAGGGACAGAACGUCCUGCUGACUGAGAACGCAGAGGUCAAACUAGUGGACUUUGGUGUUUCGGCCCAGUUGGACAGAACAGUAGGAAGGAGGAACACGUUUAUCGGGACACCAUAUUGGAUGGCACCAGAGGUUAUCGCCUGUGACGAGAACCCUGACGCCACGUACGACUUCAAGAGUGAUUUAUGGUCACUGGGAAUCACAGCAAUAGAGAUGGCUGAAGGAGCACCACCGCUGUGUGACAUGCACCCAAUGAGAGCCCUCUUCCUCAUCCCGCGCAACCCUGCUCCCAGACUCAAGUCAAAGAAGUGGUCGAAGAAGUUCCAGUCGUUCAUAGAGAGCUGUCUGGUGAAGAGCCACGGCCAGAGACCCAGCACAGAGCAGCUCCUCAAACACCCGUUCAUCAGAGACCUGCCCAACGAGAGGCAGGUCCGCAUCCAGCUGAAGGACCACAUCGACCGCACCAAGAAGAAGAGAGGAGAGAGGGAUGAGACAGAAUAUGAGUACAGUGGCAGUGAAGAGGAGGAUGAAGAAAGAGACAUGGGUGAACCAAGCUCCAUCAUCAACAUCCCCGGCGAGUCGACCCUGAGGCGAGACUUCCUGCGCCUCCAGCUGGCCAAUAAGGAGCGUUCAGAAGCGCAGCGGCGGCAGCAGCUGGAGCAGCAGCAGAAUGAGGAGCACAAGCGCUUACUGUUGGCUGAGAGACAGAAACGCAUUGAGGAGCAGAAGGAGCAGAGGAGGCGGCUGGAGGAGCAGCAGCAGCGAGAACGUGAGCUGAGGAAACAGCAUGAGAGGGAACAGAGGAGGCGCUACGAGGAAAUGGAGCAGCUCCGUAGAGAGGAGGAGAGGAGGCAUGCAGAGAGAGAACAGGAGUAUAUCCGUAGACAGCUUGAAGAGGAACAGAGGCAGUUAGAGAUUCUCCAGCAGCAGCUACUACAGGAGCAGGCAUUACUGCUGGAGUACAAACGUAAGCAGAUAGAGGAGCAGCGGCAGGCUGAGCGGCUACAGAGACAGCUCCAGCAGGAGAGAGCAUACCUGGUGUCUCUACAACAGCAGCAGCAGCAACAGCAGCAGCAGCAGCAGCAGGAGGGAAGGCAAGCAGAGAAGAAACAACUUUACCACUACAAAGAUAUCACCAAUCCUAAUGACAAGCCUGCCUGGGCUAAAGAGGUCCCGAAGCAGCAGCUUGUUAAGGGUAACCCACCCCACUCCCAACUACGACAUCACCAGUCAUUCAACCAACCGGCUUCAUCCUCUGGCUCUCAUGGCCAACACAGAGCUCAGGCCCCUAGGCGAACCCCGUCCCAUGGUGCCCAGCGCCUCUCCACCCACCUCCCCCAUAUUCAUAUUUCACUAGACCCUGGAGAACCCCUAGAUCCAGGGCUAAAGCAGGAGAUAAGUCAGCAGGUCAGAGAGUUUAGGGCUCAGAAACUCAGUCAGAGGGGGCGCAGCCCAGGGCACAUCCAGGAACACAAUGAGGUUGCUGGCCAAGGGCCCAGUAAGGGACAUAGUAAGAUUCAUAAAGAGCUAGAGCACUCUAGUCAAGGGCCAGUCAGCCAGUCUAAUCCCAUAUCAAACCCCUAUCCUCUGGGGCCCAGUAAUCAGAAAGAGAAGCCUAGAGACAGGUCAGACAGGGCAGAUGCACAACUUAAGGCCCUUCAGCCUUAUCAUCAGUUUCCAGGACAGGUCCAGAAACCCCAGUCUGGAUCUAUCCCUGUUUCCAUCCCUGCAGUCAAACUGGUGGAGGAGCGAUCUAAGCUGAACAGACAGAGCUCCCCAGCGCUGCAGCACAAACACAAAGUGUCCAACCGCAUCUCCGACCCCUCCCUCCCUCCCCGCUCCGAGUCCUUCAGCAGUGGGGGCAUGCAGCCCGCCCGCACCCCACCCAUCCACCGCUCCAUCGAACCACAGAUGGCUCACCUGGUUCCAGUGAAGACCCACACCAGCUCCAUGUCCGGCUCUCAGUCUCUGCAGGACCAGACAGGCUCAGCUCUGAGUGAGGGUGUCAGCAUGGGCUCCCCCAGGCCCGAGAUGCCCCGCCAGAACUCAGAUCCCACUUCCGACACCCCUGGACCUCCACUGCGCACCACUGGCAGGGACGAACGGGAUCGGGAACGGGAAAGAGACAGGGAUAGGGACAGGACCGCCUGGCUGAGAGAGGAGGACAUCCCACCCAAGGUUCCCCAGAGGACCACUUCCAUCUCCCCAGCCUUGGUCAGGAAGAACUCCCCUAAUGGAGGAGUAGGUCUGGGCCCUCGCACAGGUUCUCAGCUCAUACGGGCCAGUAACCCAGACCUGCGGCGGUCAGAGCUCUCUCUGGAUGCCAUGCUGCAAAGAACUUCUUCCAACUCAUCAUCCUCCUCCUCCCCUUCAUCUCAGGGAGGCUCAGCUGAAAGGAGAGGUCAAACCAAGCAGGAAGGAUCCCCUCCAGGAGCCAAUCAGGAGGCAAAGCCCAAACAGGAGGAGGGCCGUGAAUCCGCCAGACCCAGUAGACCUGCAGACCUAAGUGCAUUGGCAAAGGAACUCAGAGAACUGAGGGUAGAGGAGGGCAGCAGACCUCCAGUCAAGGUAACGGACUACUCAUCCUCUAGUGAAGAUUCAGAGAGCAGCGACGACGACGGAGAGACCGUAGGCCACGAUGGGACCGUUGCUGUUAGUGACAUCCCCCGCAUCAUGCCAGCAGUGCAGGGCAGCGGUGAGUCGUAUGGAGGGCUGACAGAGAACUCUCUGGGAGAUGCCUAUAAUAACUCCAAGGACGGCACUCUAGUGAUGAGAGAGGCAGAGGAGAGGAGGAGAGGUGGUCACACUGAGAGUAAUGGGUUCGGGAAUCACAGUAACCAUGGUAACCUCCCUGACCUGGUGCAGCAAAGCAACUCUCCCUCAGCCACACCCACCACAGCCCUGCAGGAACUGGGCAACAUGGCUGAGUUUGGUGUAGGCGGGUCCAAAGCGUCCUUUACCCCAUUUGUUGAUCCGCGAGUUUAUCAAACCUCCCCAAGUGAAAACGAUGAUGAUGAUGAUGAUAACUCAGCGGCUGCUAUGUUUGCAAAUGAGCUGAUGAGGCAGGAGCAGGCCAGACUAAACGAAGCCAGAAAGAUCUCUGUGGUCAACGUCAACCCUACCAACAUCAGACCCCACAGUGACACACCAGAGAUCCGCAAAUACAAGAAACGCUUCAAUUCUGAGAUUUUGUGUGCUGCGCUCUGGGGUGUGAACCUGCUGGUGGGGACAGAGAAUGGUCUUAUGCUGCUUGACCGAAGUGGACAAGGAAAAGUCUAUAACCUGAUAACCAGGCGGCGCUUCCUACAGAUGGAUGUGCUGGAGGGCCUCAAUGUGCUAGUCACAAUAUCUGGGAAAAAGAAUAAGUUGCGUGUCUACUACUUAUCCUGGCUGAGGAACAGAAUAUUACACAAUGACCCAGAAGUUGAGAAGAAGCAGGGUUGGAUUACAGUUGGGGAGCUGGAGGGCUGUGUGCAUUAUAAAGUUGUAAAAUAUGAGAGGAUUAAGUUCCUGGUGAUUGCGCUGAAGAACUCUGUGGAAAUCUAUGCCUGGGCUCCCAAACCCUACCACAAGUUCAUGGCCUUUAAGUCAUUCACUGAGUUGCAGCACCGUCCCCAGCUGGUUGACCUGACGGUGGAGGAAGGUCAGAGGUUAAAGGUCAUCUAUGGCUCCAGCGUCGGCUUCCAUGUUAUUGACGUGGACUCGGGCAACCCUUACGACAUCUACAUCCCCUCACAUAUCCAGAGCCAGGUGACUCCCCAUGCUAUUGUGGUGCUCCCUAAAACUGAUGGAAUGGAGAUGCUGCUGUGUUACGAGGACGAGGGCGUCUACGUGAACACCUACGGUAGAAUCACCAAGGACGUGGUGCUACAGUGGGGAGAGAUGCCUACCUCUGUUGCCUAUAUCCAUUCUAAUCAGAUUAUGGGCUGGGGUGAGAAAGCCAUAGAGAUCCGCUCUGUGGAGACAGGUCAUCUGGAUGGAGUCUUUAUGCACAAGAGAGCCCAGAGACUCAAGUUCCUUUGUGAGCGGAACGACAAGGUAUUCUUCGCAUCGGUGCGUUCGGGAGGUAGCAGCCAAGUUUUCUUCAUGACCCUCAACAGAAACUCUAUGAUGAACUGGUGAUGGCGCCUCCCACUGUCCACUCUGCCUCACUGUCCCACUGUCCAGCCCGGAGACUCACCUGGGCCCCCGGCAAAUCUCACAAAUGAACCCGAUUGACCAAGAGGCUGCAAGAGAACUCUUUUAACACCUGAGAGACUAAAACGGUGUAGACAAAACAAAAAAAAACUUAUCGUAGAGAAAAACAACAAAGACCAGUUCUAAAUGAAGAAACAUUUUACCCUAGAUUAUGUCGGGUCAUGCAGAAGCCAUCGUAACUCAAACUGACUGGCAAACUGGUGCCACUGACUUUCCAAAUAUUCCUACUUUCUCUGUCUCUGUCUGUAACUCUUUCCCCUUUUUGUCUGUCUCUUCUCUGCGAACGGACCAGUGCAUUCAAGUGUACAACAACUGUAGAAAUUCUGUACACCUUUUGCCUCUCUUCUUCUUCGUUUUGUCCGCCCAACGCUCCCUCCCUCCUUCCUGGUAGAUCUAGCCGUCACUUUUUCAAUCCUUUGACACCCAUGUCUUCCAUUUUCCUCCCUUCCUAUCUGGCAUGUGUGGGCUUAUUUCAGCUGAACUACACCUCAGAGGUUGGAGAAAUAGAUGAAUAAGAUUUAAUAUAAAUUUUAAUACGUACUUCUGAAUAUGACAUUGUAGGGAGGGCAGCUGAGGGAUGACAAAUCUACUCUGGAUGUCGGCGGUAAAAGCGGACAGCCUGAUUGAUUUCCUUUCCCUUCUGUCACUCCCCCUCCUCCUCCUCCUCCUCCUCUUCCUCCUCCCGCCAUCUUUCCGGGCUCUGAAUAAACUGAAUUGUGAUUUAAUGUUCUAUCGCAUUUCGCUGAUAGAGAUGCGGUGAGACUCUGCUGUCACAGGCGGGUUGUAACAGUAUGCAAUGAUUAUGUCUGUGUCCCUUUAAAAUGAAAUGACUGGUCCAUUCUGUCGUCUUCCCUCCUUUUUUUUCCUCUUUUCCUCCUACUGUCACCCGCCAUCAGCAUCAUCGCACUCAUCUCCCUGUUUCCACUAUUCCGUCUUUAAACUCUGAAGGUGCUGCAUCAGAUAUACUGUAAUAUUAAAUGAACAAUGAGAGCGUCAUUCUGUUCAUUCUGUUUCUUUCUGUUCUUUUCUUUUUCUGCGGCUGAGUCAGUCAGUCUUUGAAGCUUGAUGAAAUGUACAGCACAUCUUUGUCUCUGAAAAUCAGGAGUGUAUGUUAGUGGGUGUGUGGGUGUGUGUGUGUGCAUUAAAAGUAUGAGUGGGUGUGUGUUUGACUUGAUGUUGAAAUGAGUCCCAUUCAAAUCAUGUCCGAAUCAAAGUGGGAUAUCAAAGUCAAUGUCCAGAAAAAGGUCAAGUAAUUCAGUCUGUGUGCGCAAACUUUUACCUUAUGUGAUCAAAGCAACAUUGAGUGUGUUUACAUGCAGAUUUAUGAUAUUAUCUUCUUAGUAUGGAGUUUAUGAGUUGGUGUAUUUGAACACCAAGCAUUUAAAAAUAGGCAAUAUUUGUGGGGGUUUUUUUGGAGUAUGUUUCUGAUUCCUUUAACACAGCAAUGUUUUGGCUAUUCAUGAGCACAGCCAUGUUGCUGUAGGGAAAUACGCAUAUGGACAGUAUAUCCUGAAUACAACCUCAACAGGAUAUGAGCUACUAUCCUGAAUACUGUGUGCAUGUGAAAGCACUCAUUGUUGAAAGCUGUGGUGUCCUUUUGGACAAUGCUCCUCCCUGAUUGGUUCUUCUGAUUUUGGCUCCUACCUGUUUGUACAGUGCCUAGCAUGAUGUAAGCAAAACAAAAAAGGAGGCCAAAAGAUUAUGGCUCACGUUACGAUUGAUCAUUUUAUUGCCCGUUUGGUUACUUUAAAUCAUUUUCUUUUGUGUUACUGUCUAACUUUAACACAUUGCUGAUGUAAUUUGUCUCUUCUAACGAAGAUAUACAUUAACAAAUUUAAGACUUGAUUUAUUCUUUGAAAGGAGUAACUGAAUAUGAUAUGACAAAACUGUGCCAUUUCUUUUUAAAUAUUUAGUACAGCUCAAUCAUUAAUACAUGAUUUUAUAACACUACUGAGGGUGGACUUGGAGGAAGACUAUAAUGCGUUAGCCUUUUUUUCCCGGUGGAUAUACUGCAGGUUUGGCAGUAUGCCGGCCUAUGGUUAACAAAGGAAAGGUCACACACAAAAAAAAAAACGAUUAAUUUCCCAAUGACGUUAUGAGUUUUUUUCUGUUAAAUUAUUUUCUGUUAUAUUUUCAAGGACUUUUUUCCCCCACAGUAGCUGUUCCUGUGCAGCUGUUAGUUAGGUUCAUUGAUCUCUGUUAGGGGGGGCAGACUAGCAUUUUAGCAAUAAAGAGCCGAGCUGAAGAAACCACUGUCUUCCCUGUGUGUGCAAGCAUGCAUCUGUGUGUAUGAUUAAUGAGCAAGUGUGAAUGGGGCAUUAUUACUAUGUUUGUCCAACAUGGAAUUCACUCUUCCCAUUGGAAAAUUCUGAUGGUCAUUACAAUGAGGACUCUCCUUUAAAAGACAAAACCACUGUAUUCUUUAUUCUGUUUAUUUCUUGUUUUCUUUAUUUUGAAAGAGCAUUACUAAUGUCCUGUUUUGGGAUUUCUUUGUUUUGUAAAAGAGAAGCUGUAAGAGAGAAAUAAAUGAAACUAGAGCAUUA